AUGUCUUCGUCUAACGGCGCAACACCUAAAGACGUACAACCGUCUAUGGUAAAAAUAGACACUCACUCUCACAUCUAUCCCGACUUCUACAAAGAAGCCGUUAUAGCAGCAGGAUGGACCCCAGGACCCGAUGGAAUACCUUAUCAUCCUACCUGGUCGGUAGAAGGCCACCUCGACUUCAUGAAGCAAAAUAACAUAAAAAAAUCAGUCUUAAGCUGUUCUUCACCUGGAACCAAUCUCAUCCCAGGUGACGUAGAUUCUGCUGUGGCCUUAACCCGCAAAAUGAACAACCUUCUUGCAUUACUUAAACAGCAACACCCAACACAAUUCGGCUUCUUCGCCUCCCUCCCCCUUCCAUUUAUUGAGGAAUCCCUUACCGAAAUCGAUCGCGUCGUUAAAAACCUCAACCCAGAUGGCUUCAUGUUUCUCUCCAAUGCACAUGGUCUCUACAGCGGCUCCCCGCUUCUAGCCCCCAUUUACUCAAAACUCAACGCAGUAAAUGCAAUCAUCUUCAUCCAUCCAACGUGUCCCUGUCCAUCUGGCGCACCUAAAACAACUGGCACAGCCUCCUUAAACAACAUCGCGCCCUUAAUGGAUACCAAUCCUGCACCAAUUCUAGAAUUUAUCUUCGACACAACCCGCAAUCUCUCCGACCUCCUCUUCACCGGCACUGCCUCAAGAAAUCAAAACUUGAAAUGGAUUAUCCCUCACUGCGGCGCAACGAUACCUUCCUUGAUAGAUCGUCUUGUAGCUCUGAAUUCUAUGCUAGGUUUCAAACCCGAGUCGGAUCGAACUCGUGAGCCGCUAAGCUAUGAAGAUGUCCUCCAUCUCUUUGAGAAGCAAUUUUGGUUCGAUCUCGCGGGCACGCCUAUAAGAAAUCAGAUUCACGGGAUGAUGAGGUUGGUUGGACGAACGAAGUUUUUGUAUGGGAGUGAUGUACCUUUCACGCCGUUCAAGGCUGCUAAGGGAUUGGCGGAAGGUCUUGAGGCGGGGUUAAAAGAGUUGAUGGAGGAGGACGAGGUGAGGGGAGUCUUGUGUGGGAAUGCGGAGAGGUUGUUUGGUGUCGAGUGA